GUUAGUCUGAGUGGAGAGAGCGAGCCGAGUGGUUGUGUGGUUGCGUCUCGGACACCGGUAGCGCUAGCAGCAUGGCUGACCAACUGACCAAAGAGCAGAUUGCAAAAUUCAAAGAAGCUUUUUCACUAUUUGACAAGGAUGGGGAUUGAACUAUAGCAACAAAAGAAUUGAGAACUGUAAUGAGGUCUCUUGGGCAAAAUCCUACAGAAGCAGAAUUGUAGGACAUGAUUAAUGAAGUAGAUGCUGAUGGUAAUGGCACAAUCGAUUUCCCAGAAUUUAUGACAAUGAUGGGAAGAAAAAUGAAAGGUACAGACAGUGAAGAAGAAAUUAGAGAAGCGUUCUGUGUGUUUGAUAAGGAUGGUAAUGGUUAUAUUAGUGCAGCUGAGCUUCGCCACAUGAUGACAAACCUUGGAGAGAAGUUAACAGAUGAAGAGGUUGAUGAGAUGAUCAGGGAAGCAGAUAUUGAUGGUGAUGGUCAAGUAAACUAUGAAGAGUUUGUACAAAUGAUGACAACAAAGUGAAGACAUUGUACAAAAUGUGUUAAAUUUCUUGUACAAAAUUGUUUACUUGCCUUUUCUUUGUUUUUAACUUAUCUGUAAGAGAUUUCCCCCUACUGUCAAAAAAAAUAUGCAUGUAUAGUAAGUAGGACUUCAUUCCUCCAUGUUUUCUUCCCUUAUCUUACUGUCAUUGUCCUGAAACCUUAUUUUAGAAAAUUGAUCAAGUAACAUGUUGCAUGUGGCUUACUCUGGAUAUAUCUAAGCCCUUCUGCACAUCUAAAUGUAGAUAGAGUUGGUCAAAUGAGGGAUCAUCUGGGUCAUGCCUUUUUUUUAAGUGGUUUUCUUUAGGAACUGUCAGCAUGUUAUUGUUGAAGUGUGGAGUUAUAACUCUGCGUGGACUAUGGACAGUCAACAAUGUUCUUAAAAGUUGCACUAUUGCAAAACGGGUGUAUUAUCCAGGUACUCGUACACUAUUUUUUUGUACUGCUGGUCCUGUACCAGAAACAUUUUAUUUUAUUGUUAGUUGCUUUUUAAACUUUGUUUUAGCCACUUAAAUAAAAUCUGCUUAUGGCACAAUUUGCCUCAUCCAUUCCAAGUUGUAUAUUUGUUUUCCAAUAAAAAAAUUACAAUUUAAAAAAAUAAAUAAA